AUGAAAUGUACCGAAAAAAAAGCAUAUGAAAAGUUAAUAGAAGAAUUAAAAAAUGAAUUUCCUUUUUUUAAAAAGUAUAACAGAGAUUUUUUUUUUUAUAAAAAAAAUGAAGAAUUAAAAAAAGGGAAUUUUCAUAAUUUCUUUAAAAAUAAGGAACAUAAAAAUGAUGCAAAGGAAUAUAGUAAUUUUUUAGUUGAAGAAAUAGAAAAGUCUUUUAAUAUAUUAGAAAAAAAUAAUUCAAUAACAAAUUUAUGUAAUAUAUUUUUAAGAAAUUUUAAUAAUUCUACUAAUGAUUAUUAUGACUACAUUAAUAGUAAUUAUGUGAGUUCUAAGACCGUAGAAAAAGUCAUGAAAAAUUAUGUUAAAAGAGAUUCAAUGAGCAAUGAAAACUCUAAAAUAAAUAAUAAUAAUAUAAAAAUGAAAAAAUUAGGUAAUGAAAUAAAUAAUAAUAAGCAUGUAGCAAUAAGUUCCCAUAAAAUAAAAAAAUUUGACAGUUAUAAUUUGAAACAUUCUAAAAUAAAAGAAAACCAAUUACUAAAGAAUAAGAAGAAAAAAAAAAGUGAAGAAAAUAUGAGUGAUAGUUCUGAAGAAAAAUAUGAUAUAAAAAAUUAUUUUGAAGAAGAAAUAAAAAACAAUGAUGUAGGGUUUUGUGAUAUAUCUUUUGUUCCUUUUACUAAUAAUUAUUUUCAUAUAAAUUAUGGAUGCUUUAAUAUAAAUUUAUAUAAUGAAAAUUUAAAUAGCGUUUUUAUGAUUGAGAAUAUGAAAAAAGACAAAGAUGAAUUAACAAAGUACAAAAGAUCAAUAAUUUUCGGUAAUUUAGGAAAAAAGAAAUUUUUGAAAAAUGUAAAAAAACAUUCUGUCGUUAGAGGAUGGAUAUAUAAAUAUGAUAUAAAACAUAAAUGCUUUUUUGUUAAAGUAUUUUCUGUUAGAAAUGCUCGUAAUAAUGAAAAGAAAGCUGAGAUAGUAAAAAAUCCUAGAAAAAAUGACAAUUGUAUAUAUGCUUGUUUGCCAUUUCAAUUUAUAAAUAAGUAUGAGUUUGUAGAUAACUUAAGCAUAGAUGGGCUUCCUUUUAAUAAUUUAGAAAAUUUUUUAGGUAUGAAUAUAUGUGGAGAGGUUUUCGAUGACAAAAAAUAUAUAUAUGCACAUUUUAAAGAUAUUCUAUAUAAAUGUAAUUUUCAUUUUUUUGUAACAUUUAACUCAAAAUAUUACUGUAAUAAUGAUAAAUUUGGUUUUUUAUCAAACGAAUUAAAUAACGAUGUAUUAAAAAUGGAAAAUAAAUAUAAUGAUAAUUUAUUAAAUUAUUUUAAUUUACUAUUAUUCUCAUGUAAAAAGUUUCAAAAUUUAGAAAAUUUAAAUUAUAAAGGUAAAUAUCUUUUACUUAAUGUUUCUCAUAUGCCUUCAUUAAUUAAAUUUAAUUUUAGAAACAAUUUUUCUCAGAUGCACAUAGGAAACAUAAUUACAAAAAAGCAAAAUCUGAUAUGGUCUAACGAAAAAUUUAUUGAAGCAUUUGAAAUUUAUAAGCACAAUAGCGAAUAUUAUAAUUUCUUAAAAAAUUAUUUUUAUUUAGAUUCUUUUACGAGAACUUGUAAAUAUAUAUAUGUAUAUGAAGAAGAUAAAUUUAUAAUUGAAAAUGAUUGCAUAACAAAAAUAGAAGAUAUAAAACACUUAAAGAAUGAAAGUAAAAAAUAUAAUGAAAAAAAAAAUAAUAUACAAAAUAUAGAAUUAUUUAAUGUAGAGAAUUCUUAUAUAAAAAAAAAAGAUAGAGAAUUUAUUAAAAACUAUAAUGAGUUUUACCUAUCUUUAGAUAAUAAAGAAAAAUAUAUUAUUAAAAAUAUAAUAUUUUUAAAUCCAAAUUUGUAUAAAAAAAAGUGGAUAUAUGAUUUUUUUAAUUGUAUAAAAUUGACUAUAAAUUUAAAUAAUCAGAAUGUUUUGGCAAAUUUCCUACUAAGCUUAGUAUUACUAGAAUUAAGCUGUUAUACGGAAUCUUUUCUAUUUCUUUUUAGAAUUUUUAAAAUAAAAAAAGUAUUUUUAGAUAGCUAUAAAUUAAAAAAAAUUAUUUGUAGUAUUUUUAUAAAACAAUUAAAAAAAUAUAUAAAUAAAGAACAUAUAUGGAAUGUUAUAAUAAAUUUUCAAAAUUAUGAUUUGUUUAAUAUGAGAGAAGAUAAUUGUGAAGAAUACUGCCGAAAUAUAUUUAAAAGAAAUAUAAAUAUAAUUAAUACACUUGAAAAAAUGUAA